GAAUUUGUCUCUUGUAUCAUCAUCAUCAUCAUCAUCAUCAUCAUCAUCAUCAUCAUCAUCAUCAUCAUCAUCAUCAUCAUCAUCAUCAUCAUCAUCAUCAUCAUCAUCAUCAUCAUCAUCAUCAUCAUCAUCAUCAUCAUCAUCAUCAUCAUCAUCAUCAUCAUCAUCAUCAUCAUCAUCAUCAUCAUCAUCAUCAUCAUCAUCAUCAUCAUCAUCAUCAUCAUCAUCAUCAUCAUCAUCAUCAUCAUCAUCAUCAUCAUCAUCAUCAUCAUCAUCAUCAUCAUCAUCAUCAUCAUCAUCAUCAUCAUCAUCAUCAUCAUCAUCAUCAUCAUCAUCAUCAUCAUCAUCAUCAUCAUCAUCAUCAUCAUCAUCAUCAUCAUCAUCAUCAUCAUCAUCAUCAUCAUCAUCAUCAUCAUCAUCAUCAUCAUCAUCAUCAUCAUCAUCAUCAUCAUCAUCAUCAUCAUCAUCAUCAUCAUCAUCAUCAUCAUCAUCAUCAUCAUCAUCAUCAUCAUCAUCAUCAUCAUCAUCAUCAUCAUCAUCAUCAUCAUCAUCAUCAUCAUCAUCAUCAUCAUCAUCAUCAUCAUCAUCAUCAUCAUCAUCAUCAUCAUCAUCAUCAUCAUCAUCAUCAUCAUCAUCAUCAUCAUCAUCAUCAUCAUCAUCAUCAUCAUCAUCAUCAUCAUCAUCAUCAUCAUCAUCAUCAUCAUCAUCAUCAUUAUCAUCAAUGGUAGUUGAGUUUGAUUAG